AUGGCCAUGGACGGCUCCGGUCAAUGGAUCAGCUUCCCUUCCUCGUCGUCCUCGCACGACCAUGAGUGCCACGGGGUGGCAUGGUCGCCGAAGCCGAAGCGCCUCGCGGGGCGUUCCAAGUUCAAGGAGACACGGCACCCGGUGUACCGCGGCGUGCGUCGCCGUGGCGCCCUAGGCGGCCGGUGCCGGUGGGUGUGCGAGGUGCGCGUCCCGGGCAAGCACGGCAAGCGGCUCUGGCUCGGGACGCACCGCACGGCCGAGUCCGCGGGGCGCGCCCACGACGCCGCCAUGCUCACGCUGCGCGGCCCCUCCGCAUGCCCUCUCAAUUUCCCGGACUCCUCGUGGCUCCUCGACGUGCCGUUCGAGGUCCCCGAGGAUCUCCCCGGCGUCCGGCGCGCUGCCCUCGCGGCCGUCGCGGACUUCCAAUGCCGGGAAGAAGCCGCCACCGUCCCCGUCGUCAAUGAGAGUACCUCGUGGGCGACGGCAGAACCUUCUGCCAACAAUGGGAUAUUUGAGGUGCCGGUCGCAAUGGGAAGCGGCGGCAUGUUCGAGCUCGACAUGUCCGGCGAAAUGGACGUGGGCAUGUACUACGCGGACCUCGCGGAAGGGCUGCUCAUGGAGCCGCCGCAGACGACGCCAGAUGAUACCGGGGCGUGCUGGGAAAGCGGAGAGUACGCCGAACUCUGGGGUUGCGAAAUCUGCAGUCUUUGGCUAUAG